GCAACCUCCACGCGGUGGGACCUGGGUCGGUAUUACUUGCGAUAUAUCGAUAACGCAAGUACUACCGGGCGAAUGGCUGCAUAUUUCAAUGUAUUUUCAAAUUUGUUCAAUUUAAUUAUGAUUAAAUACUGAAGUACUAAUAUUUUACAUUGGUAAUAAUACUUUUACGGGUAAAUAGUUAAGAUUUUAGUUAUAUACAAAGAUAAUUUCUUAGAGAAUCGCACAAAAACCUUUUCUAUCGCAUUUAUGCUUGUCAUCGAACCUAUAUAUUUCCUAUUUACCCUUAUUUAUUCUUAUUAAUUAUUAUUUAUAAGUUUCGAAUGAUCAUUGGUGAAUAAAUUGUUUUAAUACUUAGAAUUUAUUUAAAUAAUUGCAAUCUAAUGCAAAUCAAUAGAGAAUUCCGCUUCAAUCUUCCUCCCGGUUUUGGAAUGGUCCAGGUUCAAAUUUUGUUGAAACCUUUAUUAAAGUAAUCUAAGAUAGUAAAUUGUCUUAAUUGUGCUAAUAUGUCUAAUUUGUACUUGAGUUGGUUUUGUAUGAUAUGAAAUAUCGCGCGUAAUUCAUUACCCAAUCAAAUCGUAGUCGCCAUAACUAAUCAUAUCUUUGUUUCACUAACCUCAAAUAAAUGACGUACGGACGUACGUUUUCUUUGAUAUACUUAUUUUUCUUUUACAAAUAACGUUUAUCACUUAGAAACGAUAUACGAAUAUAUCUUAUUUAGUUUUUAUAAAUAUGCAGUAGAAAUAUAUAACCAUCCACAAUGAAAUAUGAAAAGUAUGAAAAAUAAAUAGUUGUAAUGUACAUAUUGCAGGUUACUGUUAGUAAAUUGUUGGAAGAGAAUUAUAAAUUCUGUUUUAUUUAAUUGUAACAAUGUUGAGAAGAAGGCAUGUUAAUAUUAAGACUAUGAAAGAACUUGAUGCAUUUCCUAAAGUACCUGAACCAUAUGUAAAUAAAACUGCGGUCGGUGGGACUUUUUCUAUCUUCACAUUUUGUAUUAUUGCUUAUUUAAUAAUAGCAGAAACAAAUUAUUUCCUUGACAGUAGAUUGCAAUUUAAAUUUGAACCAGAUACAGAUUAUGAUGCAAAAUUAAAAAUAAAUAUUGAUAUAACUGUGGCAAUGCCAUGUGGUCGUAUUGGAGCAGAUAUCUUAGAUUCAACGAAUCAAAAUUUAGUAGGUUAUGAUACUUUAGAAGAAGAAGAUACUUGGUGGGAAUUAAGUUUAGAACAAAGAUCACAUUUUGAAGCUUUAAAACACAUGAAUUCCUAUUUAAGAGAAGAGUAUCAUGCAAUCCAUGAAUUACUUUGGAAAUCUAAUCAAAUCACAUUGCAUAGCGAAAUGCCAAAAAGAACUCGUGAACCAUCAUAUGUACCGGAUGCAUGUCGAAUUCAUGGUAGUAUAAAUGCAAAUAAAGUUGCAGGAAACUUUCAUAUAACUGCUGGAAAAUCUUUACCUCUUCCAAGAGAUCAUAUACAUAUUUCAGCAUUUAUGACUAAUAGAGACUAUAAUUUUACUCAUAGAAUUAACAAGUUUUCCUUUGGAGGACCUAGUCCUGGUAUUGUACAUCCUCUUGAGGGAGAUGAAAAAAUUGCUGAUAAUAAUAUGAUGCUGUAUCAGUAUUUUGUAGAAAUAGUUCCCACUGAUAUAAGAACUUUGCUAAGUACAUUUAAAACAUAUCAAUAUAGCGUAAAAGAUCAUCAAAGACCUAUUGAUCAUUUAAAAGGAUCUCAUGGAAUACCCGGUAUAUUUUUUAAAUAUGACAUGAGUGCUUUGAAAAUAAGAAUUACUCAAGAACGCGAUACUAUUACACAAUUUUUAGUAAAAUUAUGUGCCACAGUUGGAGGUAUAUUUGUUACAAGUGGUUUGAUAAAAAGUAUUAUACAAAAUUUUUGGUAUAUCAUAUGUUGCAAAUUUUUUCGUCAUGAGCCUGAUGUAAAUAACCAAAGAAAAUCAGUUUGCUUGAUUGCAAGAAAUUAUGAAAGUCCACGAACAAUAAAUUUACUUCAAGUUUCAGCACCUGAUAAUAUUGAUAUUAUGUUAAAACCUCAGAAAGAUAAUUAUAUAAAUUGAUUUUUUAAAGCAUUUAUCAUUAUUAUAGUAAUAUACUGCACUAAUUUAAAAUAAAACGUAUUACAUAUAUAGUGAGUAUAUUGAUAAAAGUAUUAUCGUGUAUAAAAAAAGGAUUUUAAAUAUAGAUCUAAUAUUAACAA